UGGCUUAGUUAUAAGAAUCUUUGGUAUAAGCAUAGGUGGACUGGAUCGUACCGUUCUCUCCAAAAAUAUUUUAAUUGCGCUUCUUUUGACGAAUUUGCAUUCAUUUUUUAUAUAAAGAUUGUAUAUGUGUAUGUGAUACAUGUUGUGUAACAACCGUUUAAUGCUCUCAAGAUGAUCUAGUCUUGAAUUUCAAAAAGUGCGCACUCCCCCCGUUAGGUGUUUGGUUUAUUCCCACAGACUGCCAUGUUGGAUUGAGCCACAAAUCUGCUGCUGUUCGCGCUGGAGUUCCGAUGAAACUUUAGUAUCUACCUCCUUCAGGACGUUGCAGUAAUGUUCUCAUAAUUUGGAUUGAAGGAGGACCUUGCGUUGUGUUUGGAACCAACGGGGAUGUUCGCGUACUAAAGCGGUUUCUAUCGGGUUGUGGUCAGACGUGCAUGGAUGUGAGGGUCCGGUUGCAGGCCACGGCAGAUCAAUGACUAUUUGUUUGAGUUUCAUACAACGACGAAUCGGAAUCAUAACACACCUUUUGGUUGAUUGUCAGUAAUGAGUGGCCAUCUGCCGCAACGGCGGCCCGCUAACAAUGGAUCCAUACUGCUAACCCCACAAGAGAACGACUGUCUAUUCAAUUACCUCGGCAGAAAAUGCACGUCGCUGUGUUCUGCGGUGGUGCAGGUAUAUGCAGCAGACAGGAACUCCGCCUGGACCAAGAGGUGCUGUGGUGUGGCCUGUCUGGUCAAAGACAACCCAGCACGAUCCUACUUUAUCAGGGUGUUUGACAUCAAGGAGGGUAAAACCGUGUUUGAGCAGGAGCUCUACAACAACUUCUCAAUCACCGUUUCCAAAUCUUACUUCUUCACGUUCGCAGGAGAUUCGUGCCAGAUGGGACUGAACUUCGCAAGCGAGGAGGAGGCCAAGCAUUUCCGGGUCGCCGUGGGAGACCUGCUGGGGAGACGACAGAGAAAAUCUGAAAAGAGAUGUGACCCUCCAGGUCAAAAUGGCCCGGCCCUGCCCAUGGCCACGGUGGACAUCAAGAACCCAGAGAUCAACACUGUGUCACGGUUCCACGGACACACCUCUCAGACUAACAUGGUGAGCAGCAGCUUCAACAACAACAAGAAGGAGAAGAAGGUGAAGGGAAAGAAGGGCAAGAAGCUGACCAAGGCAGACAUCGGAACUCCCAGCAACUUCCAGCACGUUGGGCACGUCGGCUGGGACCCUAACACAGGCUUCGAUUUGAACAACCUAGACCCGGAGCUGAAGAACCUGUUUGACAUGUGUGGCAUCUCUGAGGCCCAGCUGAAGGACAAGGAGACCUCCAAGGUCAUCUAUGACUUCAUCGAGAAGAAGGGAGGCGUGGAGGCAGUCAAGAUCGAGCUCCGCAGACAAGGUGUCCCCCCACCCCCUCCUUCCAGAGGUGGACCACCACCCCCUCCCCCACACCAGACUUCCGGCCCCCCGCCCCCACCCAUCAGGGGAAGGGGCGCACCUCCACCUCCUCCCCCCUCCAGAGCGCCCACCUCAGCCCCACCACCACCUCCCCCCUCCAGAACAGGCAUGGGAGCUCCACCCCCACCCCCAACCAGAGGCCCUCUGCCCCCUCCUCCCCAGCCUUCCCAUGCCUCCCUGGCUCCCCAUGCCCCACCACCUCCCCCGCCUCCCUCCUCCGCCCCAGCAGGUAUGGGUUCCGGAGCACCCCCUCCUCCUCCCCCGCCUCCCGGCCCUCCUCCCCCACCCAUGCUGCUGGAAGCUGAUGGAGGUGGUGCUGGUAAGCCCUCAGCCCUGUUGAGCCAGAUCAGGGAGGGGGCUCCGCUGAAGAAGGUGGAGCAGAAGGAGAGGCCCAUUUCCACCAGCACCGGCCGAGACGGUCUCCUCGAACAGAUACGACAGGGAAAGCAGCUAAAGGCUGUGACUGACGAACCAGUGUCAGGAGGACCCGCCAGUCCUUCAGCCGGCAUCGUAGGAGCUCUGAUGGAGGUGAUGCAGAAGAGGAGCAAAGCCAUCCACUCCUCAGAUGAUGACGACGAUGAUGAUGAGGAAGAGGACUUUGAGGAUGAUGAUGAGUGGGAUGACUAGUGGACCCCCCCAGAUUAUGACAACACUACAUUGUUCCUAAAUUGUUUUUCUAAAUCUUAUUCAAAUGAUAAUGUAAAUGUUUUAUCAAUUUGCUGUAUAUUUUUGUUGCCUUCAUGCUUUUUUUUUUAUUUGUAUUCUGUGCAAUACCUCAUUUAAUCUGUAAAGGUUUGUCAUGUUCUCUUUCUGUAAAGUUGUUCUCUCCUGCAUUAACAUUUUUUUAUGUCAAGUUUCUCUUGAUCUGUAGAGUUCAGUCAGUGACUGGAGGGAGAACAAAUGAACAAACUGACAGGGCCCUAAAUGUUAAGAGUUGUUAAAAAUCGAGAACACUAUUUUCAUACCCUUCUCUUACUUACUUUUUACUUAUUCAAAAAUCCUAGUUUAGCACUCUUAUUUUCUUACGAAAUCAGCUCUGUUGGAAUAUUUAGUCCCAUUCGCUGUUGAUGGUAAAUCUACUCAGAGUUUGUAUUUUUGCACGAAUUGAAAGAAGAGGCUCAGUACGUGAAUACGGAGCAGUAUCAUGGCUGUAUCUGCAACGUUAUGCUUUAAAGGCUACCGAUAUCACUUCAAUUAUCCAAUACUGUCAACCCGUACACUACACACACACACACACACACACCGCUGUCUUGCUCUGCGUUUCGGCUUGUUUCAUCAGUUACAGUAUAUAGUUACAGUAUACUCUACAAACAUUAUUUGUUUUACUGUAGCAAUCAGCCGACUGCAGUUCUUUGUUUGAAUCAGGUCGGUGCGGAUGCAAAGCUUGAGGAUGAAUUCGUUUUGGUAACUUAAUAUGACAUCUGAACUGUUUCACUAACAAACUGUCCUUCAGGACCAGUGAACUACACUAACACUCAUCUACCAUUGACACUAACCUAGUCUCUACACAGAGGGAUACUGCUUUCUCAUUGGGGAAGGGAACUAAUGCUGUUUUUUACAGUAUCGCUCUGUCUGUUUUCACGGUUAGUGAAACUCUGUUCAGUAACCAGGAUAUAUGGACCUCAAACCUUCAGAAAUUAGGUUGGAAGAAUAAUGGACUAUUAAAUUGUACACUCAAAUAAAUGUUAAUAUUUACA